AUGUCUUCCGUUAAAGUUGCUGUACGCGUACGACCCUUCAACAGACGAGAAACUAUGAUGAAUAGUGAAUGUGUGAUCUCAAUGUCGGAUAAAUCAACAAGUAUCAAGAAACCAAACUCAAAAGAACCGGUCAAAGUAUUCGAAUUCGAUUACAGUUAUUGGUCACAUACAGAUAAAUCAGAUCCAUUGUAUGCUGAUCAAAAGCAGGUUUACAAUGAUAUUGGUGCUGAAGCUCUAAAUCAUGCACUUGAAGGAUAUAAUGUAUGCAUAUUUGCCUAUGGUCAGACAGGAUCUGGGAAAUCUUAUACAAUGAUGGGAAAGCCAGGUGUUGAAGGUCAAGAGGGUAUUAUACCACGAUUAUGUCGUGAUCUAUUUAAAAGAUUGAACAAUACAACGCCUAAUCAAAUGACACAAAACAUUGUUGAGGUUUCAUAUAUUGAAAUCUAUUGUGAACGUGUAAGGGACUUACUGGAUCCAAAGAGUAAAGGAAAUUUACGUGUGAGAGAACAUCCUAUUCUUGGACCAUAUGUUGAAGAUUUAUCAAAAUGUGCUGUAAUUUCUUUUGACCAGAUCAAUGAACUUAUCGAUGUUGGCAAUAAAGCAAGGUUCACUGUUGCAGCGACUAACAUGAAUGAAACAAGCAGCAGAUCACAUGCUGUUUUUACAAUUAUUGUUACGCAGAAAACUGAAGAUUCAGCAUACAGUACAACAAGUGAGAAAGUCAGCAAGAUAAGCCUAGUUGAUUUAGCCGGAAGUGAAAGGUCCGAUGCUACAGGAGCAACUGAUAUCCGCUUGAAAGAAGGAGCAAAUAUAAAUAAAUCGCUUACAACACUGGGAAAAGUGAUAGCUGGAUUAGCUGAAACGAGUUCAAAACGCCGAAAAAAAGGUGACUUUAUACCAUAUCGAGAUUCUGUACUCACAUGGUUAUUGAAAGAAAACCUUGGUGGAAAUUCACGUACAACAAUGAUUGCGGCCUUAUCACCUGCAGAUGUUAACUUCGAAGAAACUUUAUCCACCUUACGCUAUGCAGAUCGGGCUAAAAGUAUUGUAUGUAAGGCAGUCAUUAAUGAGGAUCCUACUGCUGUUCUAAUCAGAGAAUUGAAAGCAGAAGUUGCUCGUUUGAAACAAAUUCUAAAGUCAGAGGAAGAUCAAAUGAGAAAAUCUUCUACUGUUUCUAUAGCAACCAUAACACAUCAACAAUCUUUAGAUGAUUGUAAAUACGGAGAAGAAUCAACUUUAGAGGCAUUGAAAGCCUCUGAGAAGCUGAUAGCGGAAUUAAAUGAAACUAUGGAAAUGAAAUUGAGAAAAGCAGAAAAACUGAGGGAGCAAAGAGAGAUUGAACUGAUGGAAAUGGGAAUCGCCAUCCAAGGAGAUGGCGGUGUCAAAGGUGUUUUCUCUCCUAAAAAUACACCACAUCUAGUUAACCUGAAUGAAGAUCCAGCCAUGUCAGAAUGCCUCAUAUACUACCUCAAGGAAGGUGAUACAGUAGUUGGUCGACUAGGAUCUGAGUCUGGAGUUGAUAUAGGAUUAAGUGGUCCCCUUAUUAAUAAUGAACACUGUAUAUUCCGCACUCAAGGUGGUAUAGUUGAAUUUGUACCAAUCGAUAAAGCUGAGUGUUAUGUGAACGGAAGUUUAGUUUUGGAAGCCCAUGUGUUUCGUUUUAACCAUCCUGUUCAAAGUCGGGAGAAAAAACAGACUACAGGCGAUAUGUGUGCGAGUGUUACGGAGCCAAUUGACUGGAAUUACGCUAUCAGUGAACUGCUGGAGAAACAAGGUGUGGAUUUAAGAAAAGAAAUUGAAGAUCGUCUAAUCCAACUAGAAGAACAAUAUCGUCGUGAGAAAGAGCAAUCCGAUAGACUAUUUGCAGAGCAAAGAAAAGAGUAUGAAGGUCGCAUACAAAGUUUACAAGAGCAGGUUGAACGUCAGUCAAUGCUAGGAUCUAUGAUUCAAGAAGAUUCAGCAGCUGAAGAGGAACACGAAGAAAGCACAAGUGAGUGUAUCUGGGGCAAUCGAGAAUACAAAUUAGCCUGGUGGGCUUUCAAUAAAUGGAAGAACCAUCAGUUUACGUCAUUACGGGAUCGAUUAUGGGAAAAUGCUGUCUAUCUAAAGGAGGCAAACGCAUUAAGCGUAGAAUUGAAUAAAAAGGUUCAGUUUCAAUUCGUUUUGCUGACACCUACACCGUAUACACCAAUUCCUAAUGAAAUGAGGAGUCAAAUUAACUGCCUUCCAUGUGAUGAUCAUAGCAGCGAAUGCUCGUCUAUUACAAGUUUGCCACUUGAGGAGGCAGAAACGAACCAACUAACAAAUUCCUAUUGGCAACAAUUCGAAAAGAAACGUAAAAUGAAGUCGAAAAAUGGAACUAUUUUAGUAGUAGAAGUUCGUGACUUACUGAAUGAUGCAAUCCAAUAUUGGAGUUUAAGUACCUUUCAACGGCGUCUUCAAUCAAUGCGCGACUAUUAUGAAGAUGAGACAGCCUUUUCUCCAACUCUGAAAAGUCUAGAAUCCACUUCAAUCAGUGGAAGAGAAUAUAAUUCUGUUGGUAAUGAGUUGACUACUCGAGAAAUUAAAACAGAUCCAUUUCGAAACCACUUUCCGUGGUACCAAAAAAUUGGAAGAGGACUUUUAUAUGUGACCAAUUUGUACUACGGUAUACCAAUGACAAACCAAGUAACUUUGUUAAAUGAACACAGUCAAGUAACUGGUUUUCUUAACAUAGACGUUCAGCCUAUUGUCGAUCUGAAAUAUUUGGAGAAAAAAGGAGAUGAUCAAACGAGAGGUCAACCGGAGAUUCAUACUGAUGAAGAUCUGGCUAACGAACUAGAAAUUCAGUUUGAUAAUCAACAGUAUAUCAAAUGGCGAUUUCCUACCUUGCAUAUGAAUGAUAAGAAGGUGGACGAAUAUUUUAUUGAUGAAGAUAAUGUUUGUGAACAAGAGGCGAAUAAAUCUACCGGGGAUUUUCCAACUCCAAAAAUAUUAGAAAACGAACAGAAAAACUCUGAUAAUCACAUGAAUGAUAGUAUGAAGUAUGAAUGUAAAUGCGAACGUCGUAAUCAAUUUUUUCACGAGUCAACACUCACUGAUAAUCAAAUAAAUACUACUACUACAAAUUUCAUCGCUAGAAAGUUGGAUUCACAUUUCACUGACCUCUUCUGUCAGUACAGAUUCCAGCAUCAGCAUAACGAAGUUUUUUCAACUGACACAGUACCGUACGAGAGUGAAAUUGGUGGAGCUAACAUUUCUAAAUCACAAAAUUUCAAAGUGAAAAGUACAGUAGCAUUUCUCGAUUAUAUCCGAAAUUACCCUUUGGAAGUCGACAUUUAUGGGCAUCUAACUGAAAGAAAUAACGAAGAUUUUUCAGUGAAUAUAACUGAAAGUGCUUUGAAGUGUUAUCGACCUGGUGUUCCACCAACUCUUCCAAGUUCUGCACCAGUGCCUCCUCUACGUUUGUCCAACUCUGAACUACCUAAAAGCUCUGAAUUAGUACAACGUUUUGAUAUACUUGUAUGGUUUGAAAUAUUGGAGUUGGAUCGUAAUGGAGAUUAUACACCUGUACCAGUCGAUCGAUUAGAUGAAACACCUUGCCAAGGAAUAUUUCUUAUUCAUCAAGGAAUUCAACGACGUCUAGCUAUAACCUUAUUACACGAAGUUUGCAGUCCAAAGAAAUCCAGCAAGAUAGAUGCACAUCUAAGCUAUUCACCGUCAAGUUUAUUUCAUGGAAUACAUGAAGUGGUUGUCGGACGAGUACGUGAAACGCCUGAAUGGUUGGAUUCUGAUGAACAUACGCAUAUCUUGUCUUUAUCUUUACUCCCUGCUCAACAGACACAUGAAGCAAGCAAUGAUCGAAUAUCGUUUCGUUUUGAGGCCGCAUGGGACUCAUCUCUUCAUGCUUCGAAUUUAUUGAAUCUUGUUACGCCAACAGGCAGACGUGUCUAUAUGACAGUAUCUUCUUAUUUAAAGGUAGAUGGUUGCCGCCAACCUGUGUGUAUGACUAAAGACAUAGCAAUGAUUGUGUUUCCUCGGGAAUCUAAACUCCUAGUCCCAAAUCCGCGUCUUACACCAAAUCCUACUCGUGCUAUACUUAGGUCUUUGCGUUCAAUUUGGAGUACAUUUUCCAGAAGUGUUGAAGCGAAUCGUGUUACUGCUGUCUAUGAUUUACAAAUUGGACAGAUUUCAUUAAAGGGACAAAAUGUUCACAGUAGAUCAAUUAUGGAUACCAGUCUUACUUAUGUUAGAGGUGAAGAAAAUAUAAAAGGUUGGAGACCACGUGGUGACUCAUUGAUUAUAGAACAUCAAUGGGAGUUGGAACGUUUCAGUCGGAUAUCACUGGUGGAAAGAACACGACAAUUAUUAAAACUGCGUGACCUGCUAGACACGUCAGAGGAAUCACAUACAAAUCACCAUCAUCGUCCACUUGCAGUCAAAGUUAAGCCAAUGAGUGCUUCAUCAAGAGACCUCAUCUCCUCAAGUGACAAACUGCAAAAUGCUUCACCUGUUCAAGCAUGUAAUAACAUAAAUAGCAAGAUCUCUUUCCCUUCAACAAGGCCAACAACACUGAAUUUAAGCAAACAUUUUGGUGAGACUGUCAAUACGCAAGAUUCAGGUCUCUUAAACAAGGAGGAAAUUUUGAAGCAAUGCAAUGAAGAAAAAUCAAUGGAUGUCCAGGGUGUACUUUUUAAAGAUCAAUUAUUCAUGAAACAGUGUUUAAAUGCCUUAACUUCUUAUGUGUCUGUCAGCAAAUGCUUGAUCAGGCAAUUUGGUAUUAUAACCAAACGACCCUAUUUGGGUGAUUCCACAACAAGUGGCAUUUCUACUCCAAGUGCUUCAAAUCAAUACUUGAAAUCAGAUAGUGACUUUCAUUCUGAUGAUAUGAGGUGCUACCCCCAAAUUGAAAUGACAGGAAGCGUAUACUCUGAUCAAGCAGCUGAAAUGAAUCUGAGAUCAUUCAGUUCUGGUAUACCGAAAUCGGCAACAACUGAAUCUAUCCAGAAUAUGCUUUCUGGAGAAAAGUAUUUACCAUCACCUUAUUUAGUGGGUGAAUGUGAUGAGGUUCGUAUCAGCCCAGUGAUAAGCCGUAAAGGUUACCUUCUAGUGUUGGAGGAAAGGACAGCCGGCUGGAUGCGUAGAUGGGCUGUUGUUCGAAGACCAUUCCUUUAUUUAUACAAUCAUGAGAGAGAUUUGACCGAAAGAGGUCUUAUUAACCUUACUACAUCACAGAUAGAAUAUGACAUGAAUAUGGCCUAUGAAACUGAAGAUAGGAUGUUAGAUGAAAUGAAGUCAGGUUCCGUUCAGCUCAGCUCUGAAGGUGAGCAUAUAAUGUCGCCAACAUCAAUGUUUCCCAGUAAACUGAAUAUGUUCACACUGAUUACGGAUACAAGGACUCUACUGAUACAAACAAUUACUGAGGAUGGCUCAGAUAUCCAUGAUUGGCUGUAUGCUCUUAACCCUUUGAAGGCAGGAGAAAUUCGUUCUCGUUUGGGCAGGAAUCGAAAAAUGAAAAAAUCUGAAAAAAACUAUCCGACUGGAUAA